AAUAAAUUCCAGUGUAGUCCAUGAAUAAUUCUCUUUUCUUUAAGUUCUUUGGUUUCUGUUUUCUCUUGAAAGUUACUCAGAAGAAGAAUAAAAUGAGAAACUACACGGAAAUAACAGAUUUUAUCCUCCUGGGAUUGUCAGAUGACCCACAACUUCAGGUUGUGAUCUUUGUCUUUCUACUCAUCACCUACAUGCUCAGCAUCACUGGGAACCUGACCAUUAUCAUCCUGACCCUGCUGGAUGUCCACCUGCAGACCCCCAUGUAUUUCUUCCUCAGAAAUUUCUCCUUAUUAGAAAUUUCAUUCACAACUGUCACUAUACCCAGGCUUCUGGCCACCAUUAUUACAGGAGAUAAAACCAUUUCUUAUAAUGACUGUAUGGUUCAGUUAUUUUUUUUCAUUCUCUUGGGAGUCACUGAGUUUUAUCUUCUGGCUGCCAUGUCCUAUGACCGCUACAUUGCUAUCUGCAAACCGCUGCAUUACAUGACCAUCAUGAAUCAUAGAGUGUGCACACUGCUUGUCUUGGCUUCUUGGCUGGCUUCAUUCUUAAUCACAUUUCCAUUACUCAUGUUCUCCCUACAGCUUGAUUAUUGCAAGUCCAAUGCUAUCGACCAUUAUACCUGUGAUUUUUCCCCCCUUUUACAACUUUCUUGUUCAGACACCAAAUUCCUAGAGAUAAUGGUGUUUUCUUGUGCUGUGUUUACUCUGAUGUUUACUUUGGCAUUAAUAAUUCUGUCCUACACAUAUAUCAUCAGAACAAUUUUGAGGAUCCCUUCUACCACUCAGAGGACAAAGGCCUUUUCCACGUGUUCUUCCCACAUGAUUGUCAUCUCCAUCUCUUAUGGCAGCUGCAUUUUCAUGUACAUGAAUCCAUCAGCAAAGGACAGGGUCUCUUUGAGUAAGGGAGUAGCUGUGCUAAAUACCUCAGUUGCCCCCAUGCUAAACCCAUUUAUCUAUACCUUAAGGAAUCAGCAAGUCAAGCGAGCCUUCAUAGACAUGGCAAGGAAGAAUGUACUUUUCUCAAGGAAAUGA